GUCUCCUCCCAGUUUUCAAAUGAGUGAUAAGUUCUGUACUUAGGUGUUAAAUUGACUCUCAGUGUUUGACAGAACAACUCACAGCAAGCGGUGCCAUAUAGAAGAUGGAUCAAGAUUUUCUGGAGCAUGCUGACCUUCAAAUCAGACACAACAACAAGGAGCAUCGGACAGAUGAGAUCGAUACAAACCGCUUAAUAGUGAGAAGGGGUCAAGCAUUCAAAAUCCGAUUAGAAUUCAGGAGUGGUCAUGUUGAUAAGUAUGCUGGGAAUCUUCAUUUUGUAGUAGAGCCAGGAAAUCCCCAUCUACAACAGUAUGCAAAGAAAGUAUCAUUCACCUUGUCAAGUGAAGACACUAGAAAUAAUUGGAGUGCAUCAGUUGUGAAAAAGAAUAGCAAGUCUAUGGAAAUAUCAAUACUUCCUCCUCCAAACGCCAUCACUGGACUUCAUGUUCUGAAGGUGCAAACAUCUGAGACGCUAAAUUCUGGUCUUUUCCUUGGAAAAUUUAUCAUACUUUUUAACCCUUGGUGUACAGAUGAUGCAGUCUUUCUUGAGCUAGAAGAAGAAAGAAAUGAAUAUGUUAUGAACGAGAAUGGCUUUGUAUAUUUGGGUAAUGCUGACUGGAUCAGCCAGCGUUCAUGGAACUUUGGGCAGUUUGAUAAAGAUAUCAUAGACAUCUGCCUGCAAUUAUUGGAUCGGAGCCAUAAUAAUUUGCAAGAUCCGCUAUCAGAUUACACCAGAAGAAAUGAUCCUGUGUAUGUCAGCAGAAUAAUCAGUGCAAUGAUCAACAGCAAUGAUGAUAAUGGAGUAAUACAAGGUAGGUGGGAUGACAAUUAUGAAAACGGGACUUGUCCAACCAAGUGGAAUGGAAGCAAUGCUAUUUUGCGUCAGUGGUCUAAUUCAGGCUUCAAACCAGUGAAAUAUGGACAAUGCUGGGUGUUUGCAUCAAUUCUUUGUACAGUGAUGAGAUGCCUUGGAAUCCCAACACGAGUGGUAACAAACUUUGAUUCUGCUCAUGACACUGACGGAAAUUUAUUUAUUGAUGAAUACUACGAUAUCAUGGGCAAGAUGAUUGAAAAAGACACCAGAGACAGUAUUUGGAACUUUCAUGUCUGGAAUGAGUGCUGGAUGCAGCGAAGAGAUCUACCUUAUGGAUACAAUGGAUGGCAGGUCCUAGAUGCAACACCACAGGAGAGGAGCAAUGGAAUAUUUUGUUGUGGACCCACGUCAGUAAAAGCUAUUAAGGAAGGAGCUGUUCACCUGGAUUAUGAUGGUUCUUUUGUGUUUGCGGAAGUCAAUGCCGAUGUUAUUUCUUGGCUUGUAAAAAUAUCCAGUCCAAAAAAAGAGAAGAUUUUCCAGAAUAGUAAGCGUGUAGGGAGAAGAAUUAGCACCAAGAGUGUUUGGAAUGACUCACGUGUGGAUAUAACCAGCAAUUAUAAAUAUGAUGAAGGAUCUGAAAUGGAAAGAAAGACUUUUCAGAGAGCCUUGGAAAUGAUGAAAUCUACAGAUUCCCGGGUGGUUAACAAUUCCAGGCUUACUUUAAGUGAAGUUGAUGGUACCGACAACAGCUCUCCACCUGCCCCUCCUGGAUUCAGGUUGAAACUUAAAGUGCUGGAGUCAGCGGUUUUUGGUCAGGAUAUUCAUAUAGCUGUACUGUCUUCAAACCAAACUUCCCAGAAAAAAAAGCUCAGCAUUAGUUUAACUGUCCAAGCUAUGGAAAAUAAUGGUAGGCCAGGGAGGCUUGUGUUGCAAAAAACAUCUUCCAUUGAACUGAGUCCCAAAGCAGACGUCAAGACAGAAUACUGGAUUCCUUAUCUGACCUACAAGAAGCACAUCACUCAUAGCAAUCUUCUGAAUGCCUCUGUUGUGGGAGAACUCAAUGACACACAUGAAAAAUUAUUGGCCGAAAGAAAAAUCACAUUAGAGAACCCCAGCCUUGAUAUUGAGGUGAAUGGGCCCGUCAUUCUGGAUAAACCGUGUAUUGUCAGAACUACAUUCAAAAAUACACUUCCUGAAGAUAUACAUAAUAGCAUUUUGAAAUUAGAAGGCAGUGGACUAAUACAUCGACAAAUUACAAUACAAUUAGGAACCAUAAAAAUUGGGCAUACACUCAGGAUACAAUCUGAGAUAACACCAUUUAAACCUGGAAGCAGGAAUUUACAAGCACUCUUUACUAGUGACCAGAUCAAAUCCAUCACUGGAUACAAGGAUGUCACUGUUAUAUCCAGACACUAUUAAGUCUUUUUUACUUACUGAGUGUUAAUUUCCCAAAUCAUGUUUUAUAUAGUGGGUUUAUUAUGUUCCUGUCUUAUUUUUAUUUUUAAAUCAUUUUAUUUUAAUAAUAAUUUAAUAAUAUUUUUUUUUAAUGAUGCUGGUGCAAGAGGGAUAAUCAUAAAUCAUUUGUAGUCAGGGGAAGAUGAUACUGGGGCUUGACAAGCUGCAUCAGGGUCAAAUGCAACAAGCUCUUUUUACCUUAGAGUCAUUACUAGUGAAUAUUUUACCAAAUUAAUAAAUGGCCUUCAAAUAAAAAAAAUGAAAAAAUUACCUUUACAAGUUGUACAAAUUAGCGUUGUAAGUAUAACAAAAUAAUUGUCAUAUACGUUAUUAAUUGUAAAAUGGUUUCAUCAUUUAUAACUUGUAGUAACACUUGCCAAUAAAAAGAGUUCAUUUGAAGUGAUUUGUCAUGGAAACAAAGUAAUAAACAUAGAAACAGAUUUUGAUGAUAGAUAAAUACUAUUUGGACCAUCUUACCUGUUUGUUUUUUUAAUGUAACCAAUUUGUUUUUAUUUAAUCAUUUCUAACAGAGAUAUACUAUUUGUUAUUGUUUUGUAUAAUUAAAAAUUGAAGGGACAGUAA